CCUUGGGUUCCCCCCCCUCCCGCCCUGGAGAAGGGGUGAGCGGGGGCGGGCGAGGCGGCAGCGCGGAGGCUCCGCGGCGCUGCGCGAUGCUGCUGCCGGCGGCGCAGCCCUGAGCGCCCGGCCCGGUGCGGGCACCCGGCGGCGGCGGCGGCGGCGGCGGCGGGAGGGGGGGGCGGCGGCGGCCGCGCCCCCGGCGCGGAGACAAAGCCGGGGCCGAGCGCUGGAGGCGAGCGGCGGGGCCGGCGCAGGCGGGAGGCUGCGGCGGGAGCUGAGCUGACUUCACCGCGGUCCCUCCCCACCCCGCAGUGAGGCUGUAGCCGGAAAGCACUGCCUGGGACCAUGGGGAGCAGCAAGAGCAAGCCCAAAGACCCAAGCCAGCGCCGGCGCAGCCUGGAGCCCACCGAUAACACCCACCACGGGGGCUACCCGGCCUCGCAGACACCCAGCAAGGCGGCCGCUCCCGACACCCACCGCACCCCCAGCCGCUCCUUCGGGACCAUGGCUGCCGAGUCCAAGCUCUUCGGAGGCUUCAACACCUCCGACACGGUCACCUCGCCGCAGCGUGCCGGGGCGCUGGCUGGUGGAGUCACCACCUUCGUGGCCCUCUACGACUACGAGUCCCGGACCGAAACAGACUUGUCCUUCAAGAAAGGAGAGCGUCUGCAAAUCGUCAACAACACGAGAAAAGUGGACGUCAGGGAAGGUGACUGGUGGCUGGCUCAUUCCCUCACUACAGGACAGACGGGCUACAUCCCCAGUAACUAUGUCGCGCCCUCAGACUCCAUCCAGGCUGAAGAGUGGUAUUUUGGGAAGAUCACUCGCCGAGAGUCCGAGCGGCUGCUGCUCAACCCCGAAAACCCCCGAGGGACCUUCCUGGUCCGAGAGAGCGAGACCACGAAAGGUGCCUACUGCCUCUCCGUCUCCGACUUCGACAACGCCAAGGGGCUCAACGUGAAGCACUACAAGAUCCGCAAGCUGGACAGUGGCGGCUUCUACAUCACCUCCCGCACCCAGUUCAACAGCCUGCAGCAACUGGUGGCCUAUUACUCCAAACACGCCGACGGCUUGUGCCACCGUCUCACCAACGUCUGUCCCACGUCCAAGCCCCAGACCCAAGGCCUUGCCAAGGAUGCCUGGGAAAUCCCCCGGGAAUCGCUGCGGCUGGAGGUCAAGCUGGGGCAGGGCUGCUUCGGAGAGGUGUGGAUGGGGACCUGGAACGGCACCACCCGGGUGGCAAUCAAGACGCUGAAGCCCGGCACCAUGUCCCCGGAGGCCUUCCUGCAGGAGGCCCAGGUCAUGAAGAAGCUCCGGCACGAGAAGCUGGUUCAGCUCUACGCCGUGGUUUCGGAGGAGCCCAUUUACAUCGUCACCGAGUACAUGAGCAAGGGGAGCCUCCUGGAUUUCCUGAAGGGUGAGAUGGGCAAGUACCUGCGGCUGCCCCAGCUCGUGGAUAUGGCGGCUCAGAUCGCGUCUGGCAUGGCCUACGUGGAGAGGAUGAACUACGUCCACCGGGACCUCCGGGCAGCCAACAUCCUCGUGGGGGAGAACCUGGUGUGCAAAGUGGCCGACUUUGGCUUGGCACGCCUCAUCGAGGACAACGAGUACACGGCUCGGCAAGGCGCGAAGUUCCCCAUCAAGUGGACGGCUCCCGAAGCUGCUCUGUACGGCAGGUUUACCAUCAAGUCGGACGUCUGGUCCUUCGGCAUCCUCUUGACCGAGCUGACCACCAAAGGCAGAGUGCCCUACCCAGGGAUGGUGAACCGAGAAGUGCUGGACCAGGUGGAGCGGGGGUACCGCAUGCCCUGCCCGCCCGAGUGCCCCGAGUCCCUGCAUGACCUCAUGUGCCAGUGCUGGCGGAAGGACCCGGAGGAGCGACCCACCUUUGAGUACCUGCAGGCUUUCCUGGAGGACUACUUCACCUCGACAGAGCCCCAGUACCAGCCCGGCGAGAACCUAUAGACCCGGAGCUCGGGUCCUGGCACCAGGGACGUUGCCGUCCUCGCCGCAGGGCGCCGAGGGCUGGCCUCCCCGCCGAGGAGCCGGUUUUUUGAGGAGCAGCCCCGGAGCGGGAUGGGGCAUCAUCUCCAGAUGCGGCCAGGGGAGGUGCUGGGUCCCCCCAUCGCUCAUUAAGACUUCUGACCCAUGUUUAAUGAAGCGGUGGUGUCCCGCUGGCAAGAGGAGCCUGCAGGCACCGGUGGAGCCGGCUCGGGAGGACGAGCAGAACAUCUCCUGCUGAGAGACUUGGCUUUCGGGGGACCUUUCCCCCCACAGCAGCUCUGGGGUGAGCCUGGAGGAACUGGGGUACAGUGUCACCCCACCUCGGACACACGGCCCCGGUCUCCUGCACCCCCUUUCAAAAUCAGCACAAAUUUCCCUGCCCCUUCACCCUCCCCGCCAUCCCCCCCUUGGCUCCGCUUCUCCCCAGGGCGCCGGCAGAGACGUUUCGCCCCGGGGAGGGCACAAUCCCUGGCUGGUUCGGAGGGGGCGGUGGUGGCAGCGGAAUGCUGGUGGUCCCCCUUCCUCGGGCAUCGCUCUGGCCUCACUGCGGCCUCGCUGGCAGCGUGAAAUGUGGCUCCUCAUGGCUCCAGCAACCGACACCAUCCCGUGGGAGCACCUGGGCGCGGGUUCGCAUCUUCCAGCUGCGUCUGUCCCCCCAAGGGGCCCCUCUCAUCUCUCCUGGGAGCGGUACCAGGGGGGUGCCGGCAGAGCCCUCGCCCUGCCUGCGGCCAGCUCCAUCACCCCGGCUGCGAUUUCUCCCACCAAGCACUCCUGGUCUUCCAGCUGGGCCCCUGGGAAUUGCACCGCAGCCCUUCCCGGUUCCACCACCAGCUCUCCCACUGGCCGAGUCCCCCCGGGCUGGCCCUGCCACCAAAUCCAGUGCCACCAUGCGGCUUAGGUGCAUGGCAUAUGUGGCUGUUCAGGGUGCAGGAGUGUUUUAGGGGAAAUACUCGUCUUUCACAGAUGCUUUUGUCCAUCUGAUACAUUUUUAGCUGCCUUCCCCCCACCCCUCAUGUCUAACUGCUGGGCUGCAGUCCCCAUGCAGCAGAAGCAACCGCAGCCGUGGGCGACCAUCCUGGAGGGGAGUCCUGGGAAGCGCUGUGCUGCAUGGGAGACAUUUGCACCCUCAUCCCCCUCCUUGCUCCCUCCCAAAGGCCUCAGCUGUGUUUUGGCAGUGUGUGUCUAUCUGUGCCCAGCUUUGCCCCCCCACCGAGCCCCUGCACUCUCCUGCCCAGCACCUGCUUGUACAUAGCCCUCGAGCAGUCCCCGUGCCCUCCCAAACGUUGACUUAGUUGCAUGUGUUGAUUUAUUUUCCCCCUCCUGUGGCUGUACCCAGCUGGAAACCCUUCACCGUGGUGGCUCACAAGACUUCGCUCCCUCACGUCUUGGGUCCGGGGGACCCUUGCUCAGAAAGACCUGGGGGCUCUUCAGCUGCUCUCCUGGCCCGGGGGUGGGAUGGGGGCUCGAGGGGGUGCUGCGGGGCAGGGGUGCUGGUACACACCGGUGGGAAGGACCCGAAGUGGGGAGCCAGCAGCUUCGCCCACCUCUCGGUCCUCUGGCAGUGGGCUUUCUUUGCUUCUCUGUUGCUUAUGGGAUGGGGUUUCCCUCCAGCACAGCCUCCUUGCAGGCAGCAAACCCAAACCGCCUCUCGCCAGCCCCCACUGUGGUGCCGGUGUCCUGUGAAAGCCGGGUGGGAGCUGAGGGGUGACCAAAACCCCCUCCCCAAACCUCUGCCGGAGCAGGGCACAGGCACGCUGCUGCCUUCCACUCACUCCCGCAGCUCCACAGCUGCUUAUUUAUGAACCAAGUGCUCACUUGGUUGGUUGGUGGCUCCUUUUUAAUGAGUAAAACCUUCGAAAUCAGCUUGAACAGCCUCUUCAGAAGUAUGGAGAGAUCCUGCUGGCUUAGGGAACAGCAACUGGUUUAAUGGAUUUUUUAAAAAUCAUUUGGGGACUUGGAGCCUUUUCUCCCCACUUCCUAGCAGAUUUGCUGUGCCCAGUGUUCAGGCAGGGACUCUCCAAAACUCGAUGUUCUGGGUCUUUCCAUAUUUGCAUCCCUGGGAUGGGCACUGCCACAUCCCCGUCGGUGCUGCGAGAGAAUCCCCAUCCCACGGCAGCUGGUCCGAGGGGUGGCCUGUGCCAUAGCUCUGCCUAAAUUAUACAAAAUCCCCAUCCUCGGGAGAAACCUCUUUAAACUAACGUGCGGAAGCCAGAUUUGAUCUGAAAGCUGGGGAGAGAGAAGGCAAGCACCCAUGCUAAGGUUUGGCCUUUGGUUGUCUGCAGCACAUACAGGGUCUUGCAGGAGCGCAGCGGGACAGGAACGGGCUUGACCCAGUGGUUUCAUUUUCCAGCUCUUUCCGGCAAGCGGCAGGGCAGGAACACAGCCUUGGCAUAAGGAACACCCCAGGCUGGCUUAAUUCCCCAUGGCUUUUGGCAAGCUCUGACGAAGGAAUCAUGCUGGGGACAUUUCAGGGCAGAAGUCGGUAGAGCAAUCCCCGAGGAGCUCUCCUGCACGGGGCUGGGGCUGUGUGUCUGCAUGUCCGUGUGUCCAUCCGUGUUUCUGUGCAGCAGUUUCGGUGGGACCCAGCAUCUCCAGACUCGCCGCUGCAGCCAGCAUGACGCAGAGGCCCUGGGGAUCGAGAGCCUCUCCUCCAUCACCAUUGUCGUCUGCCAAUUUAUUUUUUAAGCCAAUAAACUCCAGAGGGGAGCCCCCACCUAAGGAUGCUCUUUGGCUUCCCAGGGUCAGUAAUGCCCUACAAGUUAUUCUUCACUGCUGUUAUAAUUUUUUUAAACAGUGUUUUGUAAGAUCUCCAACUGACUAUGCAGAGAACAUGUGGAUCUGUCUCUCUCCCCAGCUCCCCUCCCCCUCCACCUGCCUUUUUCAGUGUCUAAGUAAAAUAUUUAGCUUUUUUUUUUUUUU